AUGCUCGCUCCCUCGCUGGCCGGCCGCACCUGCGUGCCCGGAGGAGCCAGCCGGCCUCAGCCCCCCAAGAACCUGGGCGGCGAGAGGCUCUGCGGCUUCUACCCAGAGGCCUUCGGGGUGGGUACCGGGAGUGACGGCAACCGGACACGCGGAGGAGGAGGAGGAAGAUCGGCAAGCAGCGGCUGGUAUUCCCGCCCGAUCGAGAAGCGGGGCGGCGGGAACAAAGGGGUGGGUGGGAGAGGGGUGGCGCCCCCCGGCGGAGGGGGCCCGCAGGGGGCUCCGGCGCAGGCGCACGAGGGAGAGCGGCCCCGCGGGCUAGAGGGGAGCCGGGGUGGAGGGGAAUGGAGGGAGGCCCCCGAGGGCGGCCAUCUUGCGCUCCCCGACAACUGGGCCAGGAAUCGGGGCCGGGAAGUAGGCCACCGGGGUCCCUCCUGCCGCGAGCCCCCCCAGGCCACAGGAAACCAGGUCGGACUCCGGGAGUCCGCUGAUGAUUCCCGGAGCGACCCGCGUCGGGAACGAGGGCUCCGAUUCGGCCGAUCCAGGCCGGGAAGGGGGGCCGCGUCCCGGAUCCCAUCCGCCCCGGCGCUCAGCGCGUAUGGGCAGCGCCCAGGCCAGGCGCGGGUGCACGGAAGGCUCCCUUCUACCAUCCUGGCAGAAGCCCGUUAUGAAACAGACUGGUGGCCCCCACCCCCAGUCUGGAAGCGCUUCGCAAAUACGGCAACUGUUAUGGCAACCGGUGCGGCGGGAGGAGAUGGAGGCAAGGACUCCCCACCUGGUUUCGAGGCCAGGAAUCGGCCUCCCGAACCCCGGACGUCAUCUUGGCCGCCCCCCAACCUUUCAAGUGGCGCCCGGCUCCCACCCCCUGCGGGGACAUCCACGCCGCCGCCGGUCUCCCAGCGAGCGUCCGGGGGGGAACGCCGAUCCCCCGGCCGUGUCCGGCGAGAGAAGAGGGGCGGGGGGCCCGGGACGGAGAAGCCCCCCGCCCCAGCGCGACGCAACGCCCGCUGA